GGUAGUUAACCCUAGUGUAGUUACCCGUUUGUAUCGUUUGACAAUUUAGAAAUGCGUUAAGUAAAAGUGGAAGUUCUGUAACUCUGUUUUGGUUCCCAUAUACGUGUUGGAUAAUUGUAAAAAUUUAAAUAAAAAGAGAAGACAUAAACACACAAUAGAGAGAGAACACGUGUUGGAUGAGACGUCUAACGACAUAAUGUUGAAGCGCAUAUUUCUUGUAAUACUGAUCACACUGACAUGUUUAUCACAAUCCGAGGCACAAUAUGACGACAAACGAUGUAAAUGCAUUUGUCCUAGUUUAGCAUCUAUGGGAAAUACCACACAAUUAUCGUUAGAACGACAACCAUACAUUAUAAAUGUUCCACCUUCUCAAUGUAACUGUGAAGGCGUUGUAUUAGUAAAAGUAGGAGACCAAUUAAAAGGCAAAGAGGAAAUAUAUUGCUCGAGAUGUGACUGCAAAUAUGAGAAUAGGAAUACCACUAUUAUUAAAAUAGUUGUAAUACUUGUUAUUUGGGUUAUAUCGCUUUUAGUCAUCUAUAUGUUAUUCUUAAUUUGUUUGGACCCAUUACUAAACAAAAGAAUUCAUAAAACGUCUGCAAAUAUUGGGUAUCAUGAACACAACAAUGAAGAGGAUGAUACAUCAAUAACGCCUGGCACAUCUCACCCUAUGGGUGAGAGAGGUAAUGUUUUAAAUCGUGUUGGACAUCAACAAGAUAAGUGGAAACGCCAAGUACGUGAACAAAGACGUAACAUUUAUGAUCGACAUACUAUGCUUAAUUAAGCUGUACAGUUCUGAAUCUAUGAAGGAUUACAUAUAAUAUAUCAAAAUAUAGAAGUUGUGACGUUUAUUUGAAGGCAUUUACAAUUCUGUAUAGAAUAAUUUUUAUUCAAUCUAUAAUAUUUAAAUGUAUAAAUUUAAUAAUAACCACAAACAUGAAUCAAUUUAUUGAUAAAUGCCAGCAAAUCAAGUCAUUGUCAGUGUUAAUAUUGCAUUGAGUAUGUAGAUAUAUAGUACUUCUAAGAUUCAUUUUGUCUAGUGUACAAAUCAAUAAAGUAUUAAAAAUGUAUUAUUCGUA